AUGAAUACUAUGGAUGAUCGUUAUGUCAAUGGCAUAUGGAAUCAGUCAUUGAAAACAGCUAUUCAAGAAAUACAAAAGAAAAACAAUAGUGGUUUGAGCUUUGAAGAAUUAUAUCGUAACGCUUAUACAAUGGUGCUACACAAACAUGGAGAGAAAUUAUAUACGGGAACAAGAGAAGUUGUCACUGAGCAUCUUGUUCAAAAAGUAAGACAAGAUGUGGUUGAUUCAUUGCAUAACAAUUUUCUUACAACAUUAAAUUCAGUGUUCAAUGAUCAUCGGACAGCUAUGGUUAUGAUUCGUGAUAUAUUGAUGUAUAUGGAUCGUGUUUACGUUAGUGGGCAAAAAUUAGAGCCAGUAUAUAAUCUAGGAUUAGUUAUAUUUCGAGAUAAUGUUGCUAGAUAUCCACCAAUACGAGAUCAUUUAAAACAAGCGUUGUUAGAAAUGGUGGCCAAAGAACGUCGUGGAGAAGUGGUAGAAAAGAGUGCAGUGAAAAAUGCUUGUCAAAUGUUAAUGAGUCUUGGCAUUGAUAGCCGUUGUGUAUAUGCCGAAGAUUUUGAAACGCCAUUUUUACUACAGUCAGCUGAAUUUUAUCGAUUGGAGAGUCAAAAACUACUUGCUGAAAAUAGUGCAUCUGUAUAUAUUCGAAAAGUUGCAGCAAGAAUUAGUGAAGAAGCCGAAAGGGCUGUACAUUAUUUAGAUAAAUCAACAGAAGAACGAAUUAUUCGAGUGUUAGAAGAUGAACUCAUUACAAAACAUAUCAAGACCAUUGUGGAUAUGGAAAAUUCUGGUGUUUAUCAUAUGUUGAAACAUAAUAAAUAUGAAGAUUUAGCAACAAUGUAUAAAUUAUUUGAACGUGUACCAAAUGGUCAUCAGACAGUAGCUGAUUGUAUGAGCAAUUUUUUACGUGAACAAGGAAAAGCAUUAGUAACUGAGAAUGGUGAUGAGGGUAAAAGUGCUAUUACCUAUGUACAAAGUUUGUUAGAUUUAAAAGAUAAUUUUGAUCAUUUUCUUAAAAAUGCGUUUAACGAAGAUCGAAUGUUUAAAAAACGUAUUAAUAGUGAUUUUGAACAUUUUAUAAAUUUAAAUCAACGUAGUCCAGAAUAUUUAUCAUUAUUUAUUGAUGACAGAUUGAAAAAAGGCGGCAAAGAUCUUGGUGAUCAAGAAGUUGAAGUUGUACUAGAUAAAGCCAUGAUGUUAUUUCGAUAUUUAGAAGAAAAAGAUGUGUUUGAACGUUAUUAUAAACAACAUUUAGCCAAACGUUUAUUAUUGAAUAAGAGUGCAUCGGAUGAUGCCGAAAAAAAUAUGAUAUCACGUUUGAAAACAGAAUGUGGAUGUCAGUUUACAUGUAAACUAGAAGGAAUGUUUAAAGAUAUAUCAAUAUCAAAUACAACGGCCGAUGAUUUUCGUUUACAUGUACAACAAAAACGGCUUAAUUUACAUGCCAUCGAUUUAUCUGUACGCGUCCUCACCACGGGAUUUUGGCCAACACAAUCGACAAAUAAUCAAUGUAAUUUACCACUGAAUGUUCGUGAAGCAUAUCAAUGUUUUCAUCGAUUUUAUUUAAAUAAACACAGUGGAAGACAGCUUACAUUACAACCAAGUUUAGGUUCAGCUGAUUUAACAGCUGUUUUUUAUGGUAAACCAAAAGAUGAUGAUGGAGAUGGAGAAUUACGUCCAACAACUACUGCUGUUAAAGAACGAAAACAUACGUUACAAGUAUCAACCUAUCAAAUGGUCAUAUUAAUGUUAUUUAAUACUAAAGAAACGUGGACAUUUGAAGAAAUUCAACAUGAAACCGAUAUAAAUGAAAAAGAUUUACAACGUUCAUUAUUACCAUUGGCUCUAGGAAAACCAGCACAACGUAUUUUUUUAAAAGAACCAAAAACAAAAGAAAUGGCAUCAACAGAUACAUUUUCUAUAAAUGAUUCGUUUACAUCAAAGUUAUAUCGUGUUAAAAUUAAUCCUAUUACACCCAAAACCGAGUCAGAUCCAGAACGUUUGGAAACACGUAAUAGAGUGGAUGAUGAUCGGAAACAUGAAAUUGAUGCAGCCAUAGUUCGAAUAAUGAAAACACGAAAAUUCAUGCCACAUAUCCAAUUAGUCUCUGAAGUAACACAUCAAUUAAAAACACGUUUCAUGCCCAGUCCGCUAUUUAUUAAGAAACGAAUUGAAAGUUUAAUUGAGAGAGAUUAUUUGUCGCGUUCAAUGGAUGAUAGGAAAAUGUAUAGUUAUGUUGCUUAA